GAAUGAUGGAUUUACUAUAACAGCUUAAACAUGACUGAUUCCCCGUCUUUAAUUAAGACUGACGUUGUGGUGAUAGGAGCGGGAACUUCCGGUUUAGCUACACUAAAAUGUCUACGGGAUACAGGACUUAAGGCGAUUGUGCUUGAAAACUUUGGAGAAGUAGGCGGGUUGUGGAUGUUCCGUGAAAAUGAAUAUGGAGUCAUGCGAUUUACAAACAUCAAUGUAUCCAAGUACAACUACUGUUUCUCUGAUUUCCCGUUCCCUGACGACACCCUGGACUACCCGCACAACAAGGACGUGGCAAACUAUAUCGUCGAGUAUGUUAAAAACUUCAACCUACACGAAGAUAUCAGAUUUCACAGGAAAGUUUUAGAUAUUGAAAAAAUAGGGGAAGACUGGCAGACGACAGCUAAACAUGUAGACGAUGAUGGGAAGACAGUACUUGAGAAUGAACCUGCUGAAAUAUACAGGUCAAAGUUCAUUGCUAUAGCGACUGGUCAUCAUGCCAGACCAAGCAUGCCGAAUUUUCCUGGACAGGAUUCAUUCAAAGGGGACAUAAUACACAGUGUAAAGUAUAACGAUGCAAUAUCCAAUGACGUGACAGGAAAGCGUGUUCUCAUUGUUGGUAUUGGCAACAGUGCUGUGGAUGUGGCUGUGGACUGUGCAACAGUUGGAAGGUGCAAGCCAGUGUAUAUUAGCACUCGGUCCGGAGCCUGGGUUGGACCUAACUAUGUUUUUGGUCAUCCCGCAGAUAUCUACGCCUGUCGACUUUUCUUUAAAUUGCCAUUUACUCUCGCCAACUUCAUAGUUGAAAAGAUCAUAUGUCUAGUCAGUGGGCAUCCAAGACGGUGGAACUUGAAUCCAAAGAUGAAAGCAUUACAGAGACAGCCAACUAUUAGUUCCACGUUGAUUCAUCAUAUACAGAGGAAAGAUAUCAAGAUUGUACAGAAUAUUAAGAGAAUAGAUGGUAGUCGCGUGUUCUUUAUGGAUGGUGAGAGUGCAGAGUUUGACAACAUUAUCAUGUGUACAGGAUACAAGAUUGAUCUACCUUUUCUCAGCGCAGACACUCAGAAACUUGUGCUGAAUAAAGACACAAAUGAGAUGAAGCUUUACAAGAACGUGUUCAGUCCGGACAUCGGCCAGUCGAUGGCAUUUAUUGGGUUUGUGCAGCCAGCAUCUGGUGGGGUACUGACAAUGUCCGAAACUCAGGCAAGAUGGUUUGCAGAGCUGUGUCAAGGUCGUGUGAAAUUGCCCAGCAAGUCAGAGAUGGAACGGGAUAUGCAGGAAGAGAGGAGGUCCUGUGAAGGAAGGUACGGGAGGUCAUCUGGCCAUACGAUGCAAAAAGAUCCAAUAGUCUACAAUGAUGAAAUUGCUGAUUUGAUCGGGGCUAAACCAAGUAUUUGGAAACAUCCAGACCUAGCAUGGAGGUUGAUGUUUGGGUCGUGUGGAGCUUACCAAUGGAGACUUCAGGGACCACACAAAUGGAAAGGGGCCAAAGAAGCGGUGAAAAAAGUUCCCUUAACAGAACUGAUGCAUUAUUUUGGAAUUCUGUUGGUAGUUUUCGUGGCUGUGAUAUUGUAUUAUUGUUAUUCUUUGUUUACCUAUUUGUUUUAAGUAUCAAUUAUAAAACUUUUAUACAAAAGUGACACUGAUCUUUGGCGUUAGGAAAAUCUUUUAAUACAAAUCCUGAAGAAAAUAUAGUUGUGUCUAAUCAUAAAAUUUCACAGUCUAAAAAAUAUGCAUUGAAACCAGAAAAUGACAGUAGUAUAUUGACACCAAAGCAAAAAUCAAUGUUGUUUUUGCACAUUUAGAGAGUGUGAUCUCUGGUGUCUUCUUGUAGCAAUUUGCACAAUGCUCAGAAUUAUAGUGCUGCUUCACUGGAAUGUCACGAGGUAGACACGUAAUGUGAUACCAUUUCAAAACGUCUUUGGUGUGACGCAGCCGGGGAGUGAACCCACGAGCUCCAACACUAGAAGCAGGUGCUCUACUUCCAGGCUACCUAGGCGACCACUCGUAGCGGGAGCUCAACCGCUAGGCUACCCAGGCAAUCACUCGUAGUGGGAGCUUUACCGCUAGGCUACCCAGGCGAUCACUCGUAGCGGGAGCUCUACCACUAGGCUACCCAGACGAUCACUCGUAGCGGUAGCUCUACCUCUAGGCUACCGAGGCGAUCACUCGUAGCGGGAGCUCUACCGCUAGGCUACCCAGGCGAUCACUCGUAGCGGGAGCUGUACCGCUAGGCUACCGAGGCGAUCACUCGUAGCGGCAGCUCUACCACUAGGCUCCGACGCGAUCACUCGUUGCGGGUGUUUUACCACUAGGCUACAAAGGCAAUCACUCGUAGCGAGAGCUCUACCGCUAGACUACUGAGGCGAUCACUCGUGGCAGGUGCUGUACCGCCAGGCUACCGAGGCGAUCACUCAUAGUGGCUACUCUACCGCUAGGCUACCGAGGCGAUCACUCAUAGUGGCUACUCUACCGCUAGGCUACCGAGGCGAUCACUCAUAGCGUGGGCUGUACCGCUAGGCUACCAAGGCGAUCACUCGUAGCGGGCCCUCUACCGCUAGGCUACCGAGGUGAUCACUCGUAGCGGGAGCUCUAUCACUAGGCUCUGACGCGGUCACUCGUUGCGGGUGUUUUACCACUAGGCUACAAAGGCAAUCACUCGUAGCGGGAGCUCUACCGCUAGGCUACUGAGGUGAUCACUGGUAGCAGGUGCUCUAACGCUAGGCUACCGAGGCGAUCACUCGUAGCGGGUGCUUUACCGCAAGGCUACCCAAGAGGUCACUCGUAGCAGGUACUCUACCGCUAGGCUACCUAGGCGAUCACACGUAGCGGAUGCUGUACCGCAAGGCUACCCAGGAGAUCACUCGUAGCAGAUGCUGUACCGCUAGGCUACCGAAGCGAUCACUCGUAGCGGGUGCUCUACAUCUAGGCUACCGACGCGAUCACUCGUAGCGGGAGCUCUACCGCUAGGCUUCCGACGCGAUCACUCGUAGCGGGAGCUCAACCGCUAGGCUACCGAGGCGAUCACUCGUAGCAGAAACUCUACCACUAGGCUACCGAGGCGAUCACUCGUAGCGGGAGCUCUACCGCUACGUUACCGAGGCGAUCACUCGUAGCGGGAGCUCUACCACUAGGAAGGCGAUUACUCGUAGCGGAAGCUCUACCACUAGGCUACCGAGGCGAUCACUCGUAGCGGGAGCUCUACCGCUAGGUUUCCAAGGCGAUCACUCGUAGCGGGAGCUCUACCACUAGGCUACCGAGGCGAUCACUCGUAGCGGGGAGCUCUACCACUAGGUUACCGAGGCAAUCAUCCAGAAGGUGAAACAUUGAUGAGUUCGUUUUGAAACAUAUAAAUGCCAAUCUUUAUGUUUUAUGUCAAUAUUUAAAUGAAAUUUAUGAAGCCGCAUAGUGUAAAAGUCGCCAUGUUGUAUUUUACUUUAUGUCAUGUAUUUGCUCAGAUGAAUUAUUUCAUGUUCAGUAGUUUAUUGAAAUCUGAAGAAUAUAAAAUAUAUAAAAUUUUCA